UUCGGAACCAGUUUUUGCACUGUAACUACAUAUUUAACUGUAAUUUGGCCACAACAUAAAUCAAUUUUAAAUGCAGUAGAGCGUACGGAUAAACCAAAAUGACGGAGCCAGCGAAUAAGACACCAGAUGCGGUUACGGAAUCACCCGUAUCACUGCCAAUCGCCUCCCAAUCCAUGGAUUCCGCGGCCAUAGAAGAGUUCGACGAGGACAAACCGGCCAAGGGAAAAAAGAAAACCAAGAAUCCAAAGGGUCGCCACUCGGAUUCCGACAUAGGCUCCGAGCUUAAGAAGCUGGCCCAGCGUCGGAUCAACGUAGCAGGUGCUCCGAAGAUGCCGCUCAAUGGCUACGUCCGCUUCAUGAACGAUCGAAGGGAGGAGCUGCGACGAGAGCAGCCGCAACGUACUGCCCUGGAGCACACAAGAAUCAUCGGCGAGGAGUGGCAUCAGCUGCCCGAGGAGCGCAAGGUGCCCUACAUGGAGGCAGCCGCCAAGGACAAGGCCAUAUAUCAGGAGCAGUUGCAAAUGUUUCUGAAGGAACACCCCGAAAUUGUGGCCAACGAGUUGGCCAAGGCCAAGAAGGCCACAAAGCCUGAUAGUUCGCCCAAGGAAAAGACGCCGAAGGGUGAAUCAGCCUUGGGUAAAGCAAAGAAGACCAAGGCAAAGCAGGUAAAACGGCAGAGCGAGGAUCCGGAUGACGUGCCUCUGGCCAAGGUGAAGCGUGCCCAGACACCGACGCCUCCCACACCACCAGCGGCUCCAGUACAGCCACCUCCCAGCAGCGUGCCACCUGCUGCACGACCGCUUCAGCCCGGUGAGAUACCCAUCUACACCAACGAGUUCAUCGAACACAAUCGCAGCACGGAGAAUGAGCUGAGGACACUGCGCAAGGCCAAGACCGAUCUGGAGCAGCAGAAUGCUGUGCUGGAACAGCACGUGGACAAUACAAAAGCUGGAUACGCCAAGGUGAUGGGCGAGGUAACUGAGCUAAUGGAGGAGAACCAACGCCUGGAGAACUAUGUGCGCGGCUUGCGCCAGAAACUGGUCGCAGCCCUCGGUGGAGUCUCGUUGCCUUCUCUGGAGCCAGGUGGUCCCAGCGUUGGCAACAUUGACAAGUACAUCCGGCACUUGGCCGGGCUCGUCAGUCAACCAAACAAUGUCACUUUAAUCAAGGCACGAGAAGCGUUGCGUAAAGUGGACACCAGUAGCUUGCUUAAACCGUGAUUCAUAGUGCAGUAUUCGUAGAGCUUUUAAAUUCACAAUAGUCAUUUAGUUUAAGAAAAUAUAACUUAUAACAAUAGUUAUCCCUGCCAAGGAUCAAAAAAACCUAAAAACCUCCAAUAAAAGAUCCGCAGCAUUCAUAUGUAGCCAA